CGGGUGCGGACUCCAUCGCACUGACGCCAUGAACGUGAAUCAAAUCAUCAAGUAGAGAGAGUCGUGUCUUAACAAAUACCCAUACUUACACACACACACACACACACACGCACGGCAUGGACGGCCACGUGCCUGCCACACGUGUCAGUCAGCGACUCGGUCCUUACUGGUAGAAACAGCACAAAUAGCAAACGAGCAACAGGCCGCCUUCAUCCUCGCUAGCUAGCUAGCUACCUGGGCUGACAGCCUGCCUGCUCUGUGUCUGACGGUCGAUCGAUCAAUCACCCCAUGCCAAAGUAUUGCCGCUCGAGAUGGAUGAGCUUCACGAGCUCGCUAAUGGACACACACAUACCAAGACAACCGGUGUGUGUCGGCCGGGUGUGAUGGCUGUGUGGUCGCUUACGGAAUGGCAUCUUGGAUGAGGGGGUCCGGGGCAUUUUGCUUGAUCAAGGCGAUGGUUUUGUCGAGCUCGCCCUCCUCCGUCGCAUCAGACAACAUGCUGCAAAUGUCACACAACACAACACAACACAACACAUCCACCACACCACACCAAGCAUGGCAUCCAUCCACCCAUCUGCCCCCAUCCAUCCAUCCGUCCCGGCUAUCCGCUGGCGGACUCACUCACUCACUCGUAGAGUAUUCGGAAUGAGUCCCGUCCCAGGGCGUUCUGCAGGCGGUCUCUGCUGUGCUCUAUCCUGUUGCCCAUCUGGGUGCGGCGAGCACGGCCCAGCCUCUCUACGGUCUCGCGCUCGCGGUCAGCCCUCUCAUCGUCCACUUGGGCCUGCUGAUUGAUUCGUUAGUUAACAACGAGCAAAAAGAGGGAGUCGUUAACAACAGCAGUAAGGCAGGUGCACGGAUGGCAUUGCUUGGCUCACCCUGUCGGCUCGUGGGUGUGAGUGUGGGUGUGGCCUUGGCAGGCGCGCAGGGGGGUGCUCGAAGCGGUCGUCAGGCUCAGGGGUGUCCGAUGGCGGCAGGGCUACAUCUCUUCUCCUGCGGACAAUCUGACGCUGCAGCUCCUCCUGACGCUGCCUGCACACACAACACACACACACACUUGCAGACGUCAUUCUCUGUGGUGUGUGCCGUGCCCCUGCCUGCUCCUGGGUGGCACACACACACACAUACAUGAUGCGAUCUGAGAGUCUGUUGAGAGUGGUUUCUGAGGGUAUCUGCAGCAGGGGGUCUCUGCUGCCGCCCCCAAGCUCCUCUAUCGAUGGCUGCCGCUCAUUCCUCCGCCUGAAGGCCUCAGACUGGAAGGCUGACGCGUCAGAAAGAAGGCCAUCGGGAUGGGGCGGCUCGGGCCGACGGCUGAGGGGCGGGAUGCGGUGCCGACUGCCAAGACCACUGAGACCUGCAACACACAAACAAGUAGCACAGGCAGACAGGAAUGAAACACAUGAGUGGCUUAGCUUCCACAGCAUCAGACCAACAAUCACACCACCUACCUGAGCCUCUGGCUCGCUCCCGCGUCCCGAUGGACGCACCUGGGAUCGAUGUGUGGGAGAGGGCAAAUGUGUCUGAGCGACUCAGGUCGUCACUUUGGCGGCCGAACGAGAGGUUCGCCAGUCCCAUCUUCAGCCCACUCUUGAUCGACACGGGCUCGUCAGGCGUGCUCUCCGUCCGCUGCUGACCCCCAGAGCGUCCCCUGUGGACAAGACGAUGCGAUGCCGCCACAGCCCGCUCUCCUACCGCAGACGAAGCCGAUGGGUCAGAUGGCCCUGGCGGCUCCUUGCUCGCCAGUAUGGGUGAGAGGAUCCUGGCAGGGCCCUGUGGCACCAGCUUGCGGUCAGGAAUAAGAAUGUCCUUCAUUCGUCCACCAAGGUUUUGCCGCACGUUGAGGCCUUCCCGACCGACGGGCAGCGGAGGCACAGCAGCAUGCGCAGGGGGCGGCGGGGGUUUCUUGAAGAACACCUCGCCGCAGACGUAGAUGCUUCUCUCGUCGUUGCCCUCAACGCUCGACAGCGACCGCUUGGCCACAGCGACCGGCAGAGGGAAGUGCUCCAAUGGUGGCAGCCUCUGCGACAUGGAUCUGCGCGGCACUUGGCGCUGACGAUGGCUGAGGAUGCGAAAAGGGGGCGGGUAGUCUCGUGGAGGCGAUACGGGAGGGACCGAGGGCGGGAAUGUGCUGAGGGAGGGGGGUGGAGAGUCGGGGGGACAGCUGCCACCAAGGGGAGACGAUGCCCCGUCUGCUGCCGUCGAGACAAAGGCCGGGUCGGUGGCCAUGCGUGUGUGCAGGUCCGUGCGCCUCUCCACCACUCUCGCCGACGCCUCCGAGGGGCUUUCCCCGGACUCGGUCAGGCUAUUGGUGGUGGGGCUCUUGCCAAUAUCCUCGAUCUGGUCGGCCAUGCCGUCGGGCACCCGGCCGUAUCCCGGCACGAAGAUCUCGAUAGGUUGAUCGCCACCAGUGCCAUUUCUCUGCCGCUUGUCCCAGCCCUGCUCCUGGACAUGACGCUGGAACAGCCCAUGACGCUGUGACAGAAGAGAAGCCCUCUCCCUCUUCGACGAAGGCGACUUGACGGGCGACUCGGACACCACCGAUGGGGCCGAAGGCACGGGUGUGGCGUGGGAGGGCACAGAGGGGGAGCUGCUGUCGGGCUGUGUCGGGGGCGGGUGGCUGCCGCCGUUCUGGGGCGUGGCGAAGGCACUGCCCCUGUCACUGCUGGCGUCGAGGUAGUCAUCAACCUCCACUUGCUCCUCCUCGUUGACUACUUCCAGCGUCGACGAUCCCCGGAUGGGGGGUCCAGCUGGUCGUGAGAAGGGUCCCCGUGUGCGAUCGAUGCGGCUCUUGGCCUUGACCAAAUUGGCCUUGAACUCCUGAAUUGAACCAACACAUGACCGACGGACGACCCUUGACAGGACGCCCCUCUGUAUGUCACUCACCCAUGCACUCACUCACUCACUCACUGACCUUCUCGUGUUGUCUCUGCUGCCUUUCCUUCUCCCUUUUGAGGUCAUCCCGCUGCUUCUGCGGCUCCGGCCCCUUCCGCCUCUCGAGCCUGCGGCUAGGGGCGGAGAGAAGGCUCUCAUCCUUGGCAGCCGACGACUGUCUCGCCGCCCCCAUGCUGGCCUUCCGCCCCCCGUCCCACCUCUUGGCCUGCUGCUUGUCCGCAACACUACGAGCGGACAUCACUGGCUCGUCCAACGACACACACGGGGACAUGCCCUUUGGCUUUGCCGUCGACGGCCGCACCGUAGACGGGUCAGUGGCCUGGGGGAGACUGCUGAGCGUCGAUGACCGCUCCAGGCCGUCGAGGUUGAGCUUCAGGGACGGCGGCUGCCGAGCCUUGCCGGCUGCGUUGCUGCGAGUCACGGCCCUGCCCUGUGUGGCGCCCUUCUUGGUGGUGGCCUUGUGUGAGUCUGGUGGGGGAGGGGGAGGGGGCGGGGCGGGAUGCGGCUUGGGUGGGACAGGCCUCGGUCUCAGGGGCGAUGGUAUUCUCCUGCUCUCGUAGUCCUCGACGAGCUUGUGGAUUUUCUCACUAACGCCGCGCAGGUGGGGCAGCAAGCCGUCUGCAGACUGCUGGUCCAUCAGGUGCGCCUUCCUCAUCUUGAACUCAUCCCUCCUCUCCUGCAGCGAGCUCUUGCGGGAGAAGGAGCCGGACGACAGGCCGCUCACACUGCCCUCCCCAUCCUCCUCGCCAUGAACAGGGCUCAUCUCCGGAACGCCAUGGCCAACCGCAGGCGACGACGCGCCCUUGGGUAGGAUGCGCCGCGGCCCCUCCCCCGCCUCACGCACCUCAGGAUCGGUGGAUUCCCUCAGCUGAGAAGCUGAGAGGGAUGCGAUCUGGGGAUCGGCUCCCCCCUCGGUGUCGUCGGCUUCGAUCGCAUUGAGCUCCUCGGCGAUGCGCAGUAGCGGGUCGGUUCCCUGACGGGAUGGCUUCUUGGCGUCUUCGCGCGACGCAGCGUUGAGAGGGUGGGUCUUCAUGGCCCGGCGGGCCACAGGCGAAGACGCAUCUGUCACCGUCACUGGCACGGGGGCAGUGGCGCUCACUAUCAAUGGCUCCGACGGCUUGGGGGCACGGUCCACCGCCCGUGACGCGCGGAUGAGGGCGUCCACGUAGUGCCCCUCUGCCGUGUGUGUCACGGCGAGCCGCCUGAGGACGGCCUUCAUAACAUCAAGCCGCAGGAUGUCCCUUGCCUCGGGUCGCUCGGCGGGGUUGUCAGCGAGCAUGGAUGUGACGAGGGACACGAGGGCGGGGUUGUAGUUGGCUGGCAGGGAGGGGGGGUCCAUCAUUGCGAUUCUCCGCACUGCAGCACCGAUGUUGUUGGUGGCGAAGGGGUGCUCGAGGGUGAGCAGGAAAUGCAACAGGCACCCAAGGGCCUGCCCGCACCAUGGCAUGGGAGGGAAAGAAGUGCGUAUGUGUCACACAAGGGGUUCGCCUAGCCUUCCUUCCUCCCGCGUAGCGUACCCAUAUGUCACUCUUGGUGGAGUGCGCCUCAUUUCUGAAGAGCUCAGGCGCCAGGUAAGACGGCGUGCCCUGCAGCCUCCCGUUGCGCUUGGUCGAGUUGAGCUGCCGACAUAGGCCGAAGUCGCCCAGUUUCACCCGCAUGUUGGCCGUGAGGAGCACAUUACCGGCAGUCACGUCCCGGUGGAUCAUGUGUUUCUCAUCGUGGAUGUAUUCGAUGGCCAGGACGAUCUGUGCGAAGAUGUCGAGUGCCUCCUCGUAUGUGAACGCCCUCUUGUCACGCCGCCUCUCGGCGAUCUCCGCCGCGAGGUCGCCCCUCUCCGCAUACUCGGUCACAAUCACCAGGAAGGUGCCGUCGGAGGUCUGGUGGAUGAAGGAGGACGCGUAGCGCACCACAUGUGCAUGCUGCAGGCGGGAGAUUGUCUGCGCCUCGUGGAGGGCCGCGUCCUUGUCCGCCGAUGAUGCUGACGUGAUGUCCAAGCUCUUCAUGACAUACUCCCUCUGCGAUGCCUUGUGCCGCACGAGCAGGACCCUUCCGCUGGCACCUCGAGCAAUCUCCCGCACCAGCUCAUAGGCCUCGAAGCUAUCCAUCACUUGACGCCACUCAGCGAUAACCGAGAGAUGAUCACCUCUAGUAAAGCCCGACACAGCGCCAGAGAGGCUCCCGAUGGGCAAUGAUGUCGGUUUCCAUCGCAGCAGGUGCAGAGGAAGCUGCAGAUCGAGAAGAAAGCUUCUGAAGCAAGCGAAUCUCGCUAAAUGUCGUUACUCCCCUACAGUCACGGUUUCACGUCUGGCAAUUGGCGCAG